AUGGACAACGAGGGCGACUACCGGCAGCGGCCCACCAGCGAGGUUCGUGUGCUGGUGGUGGGCGCCACGGGCUACAUCGGCAAGUAUGUGGUGCGGGAGCUGGUGAGGCGCGGGUACCAGGUGGUGGCCUUUGCGCGGGAGCGGUCGGGCAUCGGCGGCAAGAAGACGGCGGAGGAUGUGCGGCGGGAGCUGGAGGGCGCAGAGGUGCGGUUUGGCGACGUGAUGAGCGUGGACUCUCUGCUGCGCGAGGGGUGCAAGGAGCACGUGGAUGUGGUGGUGUCCUGCCUGGCCAGCCGCACAGGUGGCAUCCAGGACAGCUGGGAUGUUGACUACCAGGCCAGCCUGAACGCGCUGGAGGCGGGGCGCGCGCAGGGCGCCUCCCACUUUGUGCUGCUCAGCGCCAUCUGCGUGCAGAAGCCGCUGCUGGAGUUCCAGCGCGCCAAGCUGGCGUUUGAGGCCAAGCUGCAGGAGGCGGGAGACAUCACCUACUCCAUCGUCAGGCCCACGGCAUUCUUCAAGUCGCUGGCGGGGCAGGUGGACCUCGUGAAGGAUGGCAAGCCGUAUGUGAUGUUUGGCGACGGCACGCUGGCCGCCUGCAAGCCCAUCAGCGAGCAGGACCUGGCCUCCUUCAUCGCAGACUGCGUGUCGCAGGAGGACAAGAUCAACCAGGUGCUGCCCAUCGGCGGCCCCGGCCGCGCCCUGACCGCCAAGGACCAGGCGGAGCUGCUGUUUGGCAUCCUGGGCACCCAACCCAAGUACUUCCCUGUGCCGGUGGCGCUCAUGGACGGCAUCAUCGCGCUCCUCGACUUCCUGGCCAGGUUCUUCCCGGGACUCAAGGACGGCGCCGAGUUUGGCAAGAUUGGCAGGUACUACGCGGUGGAGAGCAUGCUGCUGUGGGACCCCGUGGCCGAGCGGUACGUGGCCGACCAGACGCCCUCCUACGGCACCGACACGCUUGAGGACUUCUUCCGCAAGGCGGUCACCGAGGGGCUCAAAGGCCAGGAGCUGGGGGACCAGGCGGUGUUUGGCGUCAACAAGGAGUAGGGGGGGCAGUCGAGGCCUGCCUGUUCAGUGUAAUGGAAUUUGAC